GAAAAGCAACCCGAAGGGGAUGGCGCGGCAGCCCCUGCCGGUGAACCUGAAGCCGAAAAGGAAGCUGCUCCAAAGCCCAUUCCUUGGAACGAUCUCGUUACACAGGAUGUCACCGGCGAAGACUCGCGCUACCUCGAAGUGCGGCUUUCAAAACUACCGGAGAUCGUUCUGGCUCCAGCCGCACGAAUUCGCAGGGACACCGCAGAGCUGAGUCGUGGAGGAGGAAAACUCUCCAGCCUUGUCGAUAAUCGUGUCGUAAUGACCGUUCCACAAGGUGCUCUAAAGAUCAGUAUCAUCUACUCCGUGCAGCAUACUUUCGACUUUUUGCAUUUUGCAGACGAUGAAGGCAAAACGAGGAAGAAUGAGCCUAUAGUGCUGGAUCCAUUUCAAAGAUCGUUACUGCUCCCGAAGUUGCUUGCAGGUGCCAGUUCCAGUCACGCCGAAGUCACCUUAGUGACUGCUGGUUUGGAAGACUCCAACUGGGUGCCCUGGACUACACCCGAAAUUGUUGAGCAGAAGAAUGCUGACAUCUGCAUAUUUAACUUUUCGCGAUUGGAGCCCCGCAAAAUACUGUGCAUAAAAUCGAGGACAGUGAUGGAUCCGGAGAGCCUUUUGCAGACAGCCACAAUCCUGGAGCGCAGUCUUUCUCAACGCAUGGUCUACUUCAUACUUCGUCAAAUGUCCAACGACCCCAGCAAAAUAUGCUUGGCAGUUUGUUUAGCCCAAAAUCUGGACAAGACGUUGGGACAGUUGGCAAUGGGGGGCUACACAGAGGGGGACAAGCCAACUGGCCCUCUCUUCAUCUACGAGCGCCAAGUCUUUGAAGUUGCCUUUAAGGGUAACAUUCGUCCCAAGAAGGGCGGUCCACGAGAUUCUCGGCAUUUGUCAAUGGACGAUGGUCCAAUGCGUAUAGCUUUUAACUCCGCCCUGCAGAACACUUAUAUGGUUGAUGUUGAGGAAUGCGAUUCAAGUGCACAAGUGGCCUGUGAGAAGUUCCGUGGGUUCCUUGAAGUCACUUUCCAGCACAUGGUGAAAAAACCAGCCAAAAAGAAGAAGGGCGUUCGCACGGUCGGGAACAAGAAAUUCGUUAUGGAACUAGAAACCGUCCUUCUGUGCCAGCUUCUCAUAAAACUUCCAAAGCAGCCUUCAGAUCAGGCCGGAGCCUGCGUCCUCCAGCCGUUCACUCUCGUCUCUAAAGACGCUGUUACUGAGGAUUAUUUGGAGGCUCUGGCCAGGAAACUGCUUGGUGACACAUGGAGACGAUUAGGACUCGCCCUGAACAUGACAAAGACGCAAAUUCAGGCAGUUGGUGGUCGUGCUGAAUCGGCCGGAGAGAAUAAGGCCAUUACGAUGCUCCACAGUUGGGUUAAGAAUCUACCACUUGAGGCUGAUAGGGUAAGUUUGUGA